GUGACAUCUCCAGAGAACCUUAUAGAACAGACUGUGACAAAUUUAGAUAAUUACUGCAGGUUUGAUGUUCAUCAUUUAAUUUAAUUAGUUACUAAUAUUGCCAUGAUUUAAAUUAUGUACUAAAUAUUCUUUUGAAGGAGAGUUAAAGAACAAUUAGAGAAAUUUCACAUAUAUUUCCAAACAUGUAAAGUAACAGAUCAACAAGAUUUAUACUCAUUAUUAUUGAGAGGAGCCAGAAUGUUACAUACUAAAUUAUGCAACAGUCCUGAAUUUUCAAGACGAUUUGGUUUGUACUAUCCUUGCAUACAAGAACUUCGAAAAGAUCUAGAUGGUUGCGAUGGUUCGGCAGAUUGGUAUCAGGAUAAGGAUGAGACAGAGGUUUGCAAAAAUUAUAAACACAUUAUCGAUUGUUAUUACAUCAAAAUAGCCAAAGUUUGUGGUAUCGACGCUGCAAAAACUCUCAAAGAAUUAGCAGUAGAUGUCAUGGAUAGCAUUGUUGAUGUAAAAUGUAGUAAUGUCUGCGAAGAUCCUGAUGUAAAAGAUCCAAUGCCAGCAAAGUAUAUAAAUGGAAAGGCUGAAAUUGUACAAAGUUCCAUGGAGACUAUAACAUUCUUCACUUUUUUAAGACUCUACCUGAUUUGAUAAAGAGGACUAGAUGACUUUAAAAUAAAACAUAAAAUUAACUUGUCACUCAAACAAUAAUAAAGAAUAAUCAUUAGAAAUGUCUUAAAUUUAA